GGCUCCUCCAGGUGAUGACACACAAACGCACCACUGUUGCCCUCCCGCGAAACAUGAAGCCUUCCUAUUUGGCGUGAGCGUGGGGGGGUCCUCGCCCGCGAUGGCGCUGCGUUUCGCCUUCAGCCUUUUGGUGGUCUCCUCCUCCGCCUGGAUCUCCCUAACUUCCACGCUGGACGCCGGGACUAAGCCGGACGCGAGGCGCGCUCCCCGGGGCCAGGUGGCGCACAUCGGCGCGCCCCCCCGGGAGUCCCGCGCGCUGCGGGAUUUGGCGCAUUUUGGCGCGCUUCCGACCGGGCGCUUUGGCGGAUUACCGCGCGAGGCGGGAGAAAGUUGGCCCGAGUGGGAAGGUCACGCCAAACUUUCCCGCCAAAACCAGGCGGGUCGGAGCGAGGCGGAGACGGCUCGGACGAGGAGGGACGCAGAGACCUGGUCGGAUUUGGACGCUGCCGAGCAGGAGGAGGUCCGGCUGGCCAGCUCCACGUUCGCCCUGGCCGGCGACACAGCGCACAACCAGGCCAUGGUGCACUGGUCCGGCCACAACAGCAGCGUGAUCCUCAUGCUGACCAAGUACUACGACUUCAGCGCGGGCAGAGUGACGGAAAGUUCUCUGUGGAGAUCCACCGAUUACGGGAGCACCUACGAGAAACUCAACCAGAAAGUGGGGCCCAAAACCAUCCUGAGCUACUUGUACGUGAGUCCCAACAAUAAGCGCAAGAUCAUGCUGCUGACCGACCCGGAGGUGGAGAGCAGCCUGCUCAUUAGCCUUGACGAGGGCGCGUCCUAUCAGAAGCACAGCUUAGCCUUUGAUGUCCUCAGUCUUCUCUUUCACCCCGAGCAGGAGGACUGGAUCCUGGCUUACAGCCACGACCAAAAGCUUUACGUCUCUGUGGAGUUUGGGAGGAGGUGGCAGCUGGUGCACGACGGAGUUGUCCCCAACAGAUUCUACUGGUCCAGACUGGGUUUGGACAAAGAACAAGGAACAAUCCACCUGGAGAUCAGCAUCUCUGACGGACGGUCGCAGUACAUCACUUGCAAACUCCAGAACUGCUCCGAGGGAAACCAGGGCAAGCCUUUCCCGGGGUUUAUCAUCCCCAACUCCCUGGUGGUUCAAGAUGAAUACGUUUUCAUCCAGGUGCCCGUGGGAGGCCAGCCUGUCCACUACGUGUCCUACAGAAGACACUCCUUCUACCCUGUCAAGCUCCCCAAGUACACCCUGCCUAAGGACUUGCAGAUCAUCAGCACCGACGACAACCAGGUGGUGGCCGCCAUUCAAGACUGGCACCAGAACGACUCGUACAACCUCUACAUGUCCGAGUCCCGGGGUCUGUUCUUCACGCUGAUGCUGGAGAACGUGGUGAGCAGCGGGGGACCCGAGGGCAACAUCAUGAUCGACCUCUACGAGGUUGCAGGCAUUAAAGGCGUGUUCCUGUCAAAUAAAGUUGUUGAGAACCAAGUGAAAACUUACAUCACGUACAACAAAGGCAGAGACUGGCGGCUUCUGCAGGCCCCGGCGACGGAUCUCCAGGGGAAGAGCGUGGAUUGCGAGCAACCGUACUGCUCCUUGCACCUGCACCUGCACGUGUCUGAGAAUCCCUACACCUCCGGAAACAUCGUCAGCAAAGACACGGCGCCGGGUGUUAUCAUCGCAUCAGGUGUGGUCGGACCUGAGCUGAGCACCACGAACGUCAGCAUCUUCAUCACUUUUGAUGCCGGCAACACGUGGAAAGAGGCUUUCCAGGAAGAGUACAGCGUGUUUUACCUGAACCAAGGCGGUUCUCUGGUGGCCAUCCGACACACGCCUCUGCCCAUCAGACACAUUUGGCUGAGUUUUGACCAGGGCAGAAACUGGGACAAGUUCAGCUUCACCUCCUCGCCGCUCUACGUGGACGGCGUGCUGGGCGAGCCCGGAGAGGACACCCUCAUCAUGACGAUCUUCGGUCACUUCAGUCACCGAUCCGAGUGGCAACUGGUCAAAAUAGACUUCCGCUCAGUUUUCCAACGCCGCUGCACGUCUGGCGACUACGUGACGUGGCAGCUGCACGACGAGGGGGAGGCGUGCAUCAUGGGGAUGAAGAGGAUCUUCCACAAACUGCGAGUGAACGCCAGGUGUGUGAAGGCCAGGGAUCAGUACGUCCCUCAGAUGUCCGACUCCUGCCCGUGCACCGAGGCCGAUUUUGAGUGCGAUUAUGGAUUCGAGAGGCAAGUCGACGGGAGCUGCAGUCCGGCGUUCUGGUUCGUUCCGUCGGCCACGUCCAGAGAUUGCAUCAGCGGGGACAGCUUCCUGAAUUCCACAGGAUAUCGCAAGGCUUUGUCUAACAACUGCACAGAGGGCACUCUGUUGAAGUACAGCCCCCGGCGGCAGAAGUGUCCCAGUCAGGUUCCCAGAGGCCUCCAGCUUUUCACCAGCGAGGGAACACUGGUGGCCACUCUGCACAAGAACGUCACCUUCUUGGUCUUUCUGGAAGAGGGUCUCAGCUCUACGACCAGUAUCACAAUGGACUUUGGAGACGGGACCGCGAUAUCCUACGUGAACAUCAGCUCCAUAGAAGACGGGGUCAAGCACGUGUACAGCAAAGUGGGCAUCUACCAAGUGUCCGCAACAGCGAGCAACGUCCUGGGCUUCGACCGGGUGACGCUCUACCUCCACGUCACGUGUCAACUGGAGCAGGUGCAGCUCUCGGCACCGUCCGUGGUGGAGAAGAACAAGGCGGUGAACUUCACCACGACUCUGCGGCCCAACAGCGUGGGAACAGUCACGUACUACUGGUGGUUUGACAACAAAACCGAGCCGGCCACCAGUCUGGACGGCAGGAUGUCCUUCACCUUCUCCCGGGAGGGAAGCCACGUGGUCACGGUUCAGGCUUCAGUCGGGAACACGGUGCAUCAGGACCAGAUGACUCUGGCCGUUUACGAUUAUUUCAAGUCACAAAUCGUGGCCUUCUCCUCCAACCUGGACGAGGCGAACCCCGGCCUGCCUGAGUGGCGCGAGGACAUCGGCCGUGUGGUGAAGCGCUCCGUCAUCCAGGUGACCGGGAUCAGCGAGGACCAGCUGCUGGUCUCGGUGCUCCCUGGUCUGCCCACCACUGCUGAGAUCUUCAUGGUGCCCGAGAGGAGGAGCAGAGUGGGGAACGCGGAGGGGAAGAGGACGCAUGCGGAGCAGCUCUCCCAGGUGCUGCUGAGUGCUCUCAACCAGGACCUGGUGCAGUUCCCGCUCAAGGCCGGCGUGCAGGUGAACGUCUACGCCACCAGGCUGUCGCCAGCUCCUCUGGUGGACAGCGGCGACGGCAGCCAUAGCAGCACCGCCAUCAUCAUGCUGGUGUCCGGCGCCCUGAUGGGCCUGGCUGUCUUUGCCAUAUACAAGUUCAAGAGGAAGAUCCCGGGCCUCAACCUCAACACCUACACCACGGAGCAGCCGGACAAAGAACAAGAGGUGGUCCCCACCGUCACCUCCAUGGCCGACACCAAGCCCCAGGGGGACGAGCUGGACCAGCAACCGGAUCCUAGGACCAAAGGCUACCUGCCGUCGCCGCACGCCGACGCCAAGCUCUGCGAUGAAGCGCCCCAUGUGUUUUAAUGCGGAGCGUCUCGCGGGCCACGUCCCAGCAAUACAUCUUCCCUGGCAGUUAUGCAGGCACGGUCACGAUGGAUGCUCUCCGCUGUUUUUUGCUACCCAUGCAUGGAUGGACCGCCUAAUCCCUCCGAGGAGCCUGUACAGAUUUAUACUCGCCCCUCUCUCCCCACAAACGGGACUCCUUUUUCAGAUAUUUUUCUGCAAGGACCUUGAUCUUUUUAUGUAAAUAGUGUACAGAGAGGAAGAACUGGCGAAGGAAGAAACGAGCGGAUUUGUGGUUAUAUCUUCUCGUGCUUUUUGUCUUUGUUGUUGUUUUACUCCGAGCAGCUUAUCUAAAGAAAGUGAGCGGGAGCGGCACGAUAGCCAGAUUGUUAUCGAAUGAAGGCCGGCAAUAUCCAGGAGGGGAAAGAUGGCCGUCAAGGCUUCAGAUUGUCCUGAGAGUCAUAACGGAGAUUAAAAAGUGUCUCGGCGCUGAGAUGAGACGUCUCGUCCAACUAAACGUGAUGAAAGACGCAUUUGUGUUGCAUGAUUGGAUCGUUUACGUCGAUAAAACAUUGUGUUUCCUCAACUGGUGGCCAAGGGCGUCGAUAUAUAUAUAUAUAUAUAUAUAUAUAUAUAUAUAUAUAUAUAUAUAUAUAUAUAUAUACACAUACGUAGUGAGUCGUAUUCUGCGUUGUGUACUUUUUUAAGUAAGAGACACUCCACCAUUCCGUCGUUUCAUCAUUUAUUGGCCACCUGUUUUGGAAACACAUAAACAGGUCUCUACUUUUCUGGCGGAGUGAUACCUCAUCAGCAAAAGUCCGAUAGAAGAGGAAGUAAACAACAUUCAUUAAUACAAAAAUAAUAAUUUAAAUUACAUUAACUAAAACGUUUUAUCACAAAAAAAAAAUAAUAAUCCACAAAUCCACAUACCUGUUUUGGAAACACGACACAUAAACCGGUCUCUACUUUUCUGGCGGAGUGAUACCUCAUCAGCAAAAGUCCCAUAGAAGAGGAAGUAAACAACAUUCAUUAAUACAAAAAUAAUAAUUUAAAUUAAAUUAACAAAAACGUUUUAUCACAAAAAAAAAAUGAUACACAAAUCCACAUACCUGUUUUGGAAACACUAAACACAUACACAGGUCUCUACUUUUCUGGUGGAGUGAUACCUGCGUAAAUACCAUGUGUAAUUAUGACCAAACAUUUCAAACAUUCGACGCUCUAAUCCUUACUUAACAAAAUGGUGCAUAAAAAAAUACUUAAAACAACACAUCACUUGUACCUACAACAUUAAUGUUUUAACUUUUAAAGUAUUAGGAAAGUUUAGAAAUAAUAUUUACACAAGAAACACAGAGCAAUGAAGAACUAUUACCUCAUUAGCAAAAGUCCGAUAGUAAAGGAAGUAACUAUCCCAAAAAAAACGCAGAGUCACUUCCUCCACCGGACAUCCGGUUCUUCAAAAUAAAACCAAUGCUUCAAAAUAAAACAUAACACCCUGUCUCGUUCAGAAUAUAGCGCAACAACAUCACACUAUUAUAUAUAUAUAUAAAAAUAUAUAUAUAUAUAUAUAUAUAUAUAAACAUUGACUUUAAUGCAGAAAAGAAGAAAAAUGUCCAAAAAACCCCAACCCAAAACAGAUAGAAAAUGUAGAAUAACAUAACAUAAACAUGGAUGCACACAACAUUGUGGAGUGACCACCUAUCACAGUUAAAAUAUACUUCAAGGGUAAUUGAAUAAAUAGGACUAUUGUGGAGCAAUGUUAAACAAAAUUAAACGUCAUGUUACGCUCAAGGACACAAAUAUAGCUGCACACAACAUUGUGGAGCGACCGCCUAUCAAAGUUUACCGGUGGAUUAAAAUGUAUGUCAAAGGGAAACUAAAUAGGUAGGACUGUUGCAGAGCAAUGUUAAACAAAAUGAAAUGUCAUGUUACUCUCAGGAACACACAUAUAGAUGCAUACAACAUUGUGGGGUGACCUCCUGUCAAAAGUAUACUGGUGUACUAAAGUGGUGUACUAAAGUGUGUACUAAAGUGUGUACUAAAGUGACUACCAUGGAGAAAUGUUGAACAACAUAAAAAGUAAUGUAACUCUUCGGAGCAUAGAUGUAUACAACAUUGUGGAAUGACCACCUGUCAAAGUUUACCGGUGGAUUAAAAUGUAUGCUAAAGUUAAAUGAUUACAUAGGACUACCAUGUAGAAAUCUUAAACAAAAUUAAAAGUUGUGUAACUCUCCGGAACAUAGAUCUAUACAACAUUGUGGAGCGACCACCCGUUAAAGUUUACUGGUGGAUUAAAAUGUAUGCCAAGGGAAACUGAUUACAUAGGACUACCAUGGAGAAAUGUUCAACAAAAUUAAAAGUCAUGUAACUCUCCGGAACAUUGUGGAGCGAUCACCUGUCAAAGUUUACUGGUGUAGUAAAAUGUAUGCCAAGGGAAACUGAUUACAUAGGACUAUAAUGGAGAAAUUAGGAAAGUCAUAUAAGUCCUCAAAACAAAUGUGGAUGCCUACAACAUUGUGGAGCCACCACCUAUCAAAUUUUAGUGAAUUGAAUUGUAUGCCAAGUUAACUGAAGACAUAGGACUGUUGUGGAGCAAUGUUUAACAAAAUGAAGUCAUGUAACUCUACGGGACCUAAACACAGGUGCACACAACAUUGUGGAGCGACCACUUCUCAAAGUUUACUGAUGGAUGAAAAAAUAUGCUAAGGGAAACUGAAUAGAUUUGACUAUGAUGGAGAAAUGUUAAACAAAACUAAAAGUCAUGUAACUCUCCAGAACAUAGAUGUAUACAACAUUGUGGAGCGACCACCUGUCAAAGUUUUCAACUGGAUUAAAAUGUAUGCCAAGGGAAACUGAUUUCAUAGGACUACCAUGUAGAAAUGUUGAACAAAAUUAAAAGUCAUUUAACUCUCCGGAACAUUGAUGUAUACAACAUUGUGGAGCGACUACCUGUCAAAGUUUACUGGUGUAGUAAAAUGUAUGCCAAGGGAAACUGAUUACAUAGGACUACCAUGUAGAAAUGUUGAAAAAAAUUAAAAGCCAUGUAACUCUCCGGAACAUACAUGUAUGUAUACAACAUUGUGGAGCGACCACCUGUCAAAGUUUACUGGUGUAAUACAAUGUAUGCUAAGGGAAAUUGAUUACAUAGGACUAUCAUGGAAAAAUUAAGAGAAAUGAAUCAAUCAUAUAACUCCUCAAAACAUAAAUGUGGAUGCCUACGACAUUGUGGAGCGACCACUUAUCAAAGUUUGAUGAAUUAAAUUGUAUCCUAAGGUAAACUGAAGACAUAGGACUGUUGUGGAGCAAUGUUAAACACAUUUAAAAGUCAUGUAACUCUCCGGGACAUAUACACCGAUGCACACAACAUAGUGGAGCGACCACUUCUCAAAGUUUACUGGUGAAUGAGAAUGAAAGACAAGGGAAACUGAAUAGAUUUGACUAUGAUGGAGAAAUGUUCAACAAGAUGAAAAGUCAUGUAACUCUCCGGAACAUAAACAUAGAUGCAUACAGCAUUGUGGAGCGGCCACCUUUCAAAGUCUGCGUGUGUAUUAAAAUAUAUGCCAAGGGAAACUGAUUACAUCGGACUACCAUGGAUAAAUGGUCAACACAAUUAAAAGUUAUGUAACUGUCCGGAACAUAGAUGUAUACAACAUUGUGGAGCGACCACAUGUCAAAGUUUACUGGUGUAUUAAAGUGUAUGACAAGGAAAAUAGAUUACAUAGGACUACCAUGGAGAAAUUUGAACAAAAUUAAAAGUCAUGAAUCUCUCCGGAACAUAGAUGUAUACAUCAUUGUGGAGCAACCACUUCUCAAAGUUUACUGGGGAAUGAAAAUAUAUGCCAAAGGAAACUGAAUAGAUUUGACAAUGAUGGAGAAAUGUCAAACAAGAUGAAAAGUCAUAUUACUCUCCGGAACAUAAACACAGAUGCAUACAACAUUGUGGAGGGACCACCUGUUAAAGUUUACUGGUGGAUUAAAAUGCAUGCCAAGGGAAACUGGUUACAUAGGACUACCAUGUAGAAAUGUUAAACAAAAUUAAAAGUUGUGUAACUCUCCGGAACAUAGAUGUAUCCAACAUUGUGGAGCGACCACCUGUUAAAGUUUACUGGUGUAUUAAAAUGUAUGCCAAGGGAAACUGAUUACAUCGGACUACCGUGUAGAAAUGUUAAACAAAAUUAAAAGUCAUAACAUAAAUCGGAACAUAAACAUAGAUGCAUACAACAUUGUGGUGCGACCGCCUUUCAAAGUCUGCUUGUGUAUUAAAAUCUAUGCCAAGGAAACUGGUUACAUAGGACUACCAUGUAGAAAUGUUAAACAAAAUUAAAAGUUGUGUAACUCUCCGGAACAUAGAUGUAUACAACAUUGUGGAGCGACCACCUGUCAAAGUUUACUGGUGUAUUAAAAUGUAUGCCAAGGGAAACUGAUUGAGUCGGACUACCAUGUACAAAUGUUAAAACAAAAUUAAAAGUCAUAACAUAAGUCGGAACAUAAACAUAGAUGCAUACAACAUUGUGGAGCGACCGCCUCUUAAAGUCUGCCUGUGUAUUAAAAUAUAUGCCAAGCGAAACUGAUUACAUAGGACUACCAUGGAGAAAUGGUCAAUAAAAUUAAAAAGUCACGUAACUCUCAGCAACAAUUGUCAAGUAGAUGCACACAACAUUGUGGGGUGACCUUCAAUAGCGUGCGGGGAACUCGUUUGCAAUGUCCAGCAGGCUUUAAACGUUUGCGGGGUGUGGCCAUUAUUUGAGGAAAUACCCAAAUUCCCAGCAAUUACAUCCCAUUUGCUCCAUUGUUUCAAAUGAUUACAUUCUUUAAUUCCAACGAAGAAGGAUCAUGUUUUCUCAAGGAAGCCAAAAAGGACAAUCUGAGGUCAUCCCUCCAGGGGUUGGCGGAAAAAAAAAACGCGGCUCCGUCGCCGCCGGGCCUGCGAAGACGCUCCCAAGACGUAUGUGCUGUCAAGUAGGCUCCGCCCACGCUCUGAACUGCGGUCAGCGGUUGUCUCUCCCGGAUGAACGCCCGUCCAACUGGCGUUUGAAGCCUUGACGUGCGGGUAAGAAGGAUGGCGUGGCGCCGCGGGGAAGAAACCGACUUGAGGUCUUCAACGCUGAGAAGUUUCUGCUCUUUUUCACGAUUUGCAUGAAGCCUUUUUUUCUACGGUCGGUAAACUGUUUACUUUCAUUCCGACUCAGUUGUGUGAUGAUGCUUGUUACUUCUUGUUGUUGUUGUUGAGGUUUUUUUCCAUGCAGAGAUGUAACCGUGGUUACAGAAUAAAUCCAACACCUUUAAACGGUGUCUUCAUUCUG